AUGGCAAACAUGCUCUUCUUGGCCAUGCUAGUGACACUAAUGACAAUAUCAGCCGUGGCACAAGCAGAUAUAGGCCAAUUGGAACGUAAGAAAAGGCAAGAUGAUAUUCAUAUCUACGUUGACGGCGGUGGAACAUCUUAUGGUGGUGAGUCUGCACUAACUACCUUCCAAUUCAGGCCCAUUCUCAAAUCACCAUUUUCAAUGUUGCCUCCAGCAUUCGAAAUCAGCAAAAGCCCUGCGCAAGCUUGCUUGAACUCGCUGUAA